GUCCACUUUGAGUGUCAGCGCGGAUCAGAAAAUUACGCCAUCGGAAGGCAAUUAUGUAAUCUGUCUCUUAACGACCGACCACAAACGCUCCAAACCCCCAAAGACAUUGAUUGACAGGCGCUCCGCCAGCCUCUAUAUAAGAGCAGGGAGGCGGAUUCCUAUCCAGUCACUGUUGUGCCUCAAAUGCUGCGGACUGUGGAUGUACUGGACCAAAGUGGACUUUACGCGUUUUACGCACGGGGCUAUUCUGUGUCCUCUGGCUUUGACACCACUUUUUAUUCAGCCGAUCAUCUAAUCAGACCAAGACAGGUUUGAAUUUGAUCGUUUUUUGCCGGAUAUCUGAAUGAAUAAAAACAUAAUAAGCACACGUUUGUCAGGAGAUAUGAUACUCAGAAGCCUCUGCUUGCUGCUCUUAUCUUUGAAUUCCCUCCAUGCAUUAUCUGAAGAUGGCGAGCAGGAGGAUGAGACGUCAUUCGACUUGUUUGAAAUCAGCCACAUCACACGCAAAACGUUGGGGGCCAAACAGUUUCGGGGCCAGAACUCAGAAAUCCCAGCAUACCGCUUCAUCCGCUUUGACCACCUUCCCCCAGUGAGCCCCCCCAUACUCAAACAAAUACUGCAACAGAUGCAAAACAAUGAGGGCUUUGUGUUUGUGGCCAGCAUACGCCAGGACCGCGCCUCACGGGGCACACUGAUUGGUUUGGAGAGCGCUGAUGGCCAGAGGCAGUUUGAGAUUGUGUCCAAUGGACGGGCCAAUACUCUUGACCUGGUGUACUGGGUGGAUGGCUCACAAAAUGUGGUUUCUUUCGAGGAUGUGGACCUUUCCGACUCGCAGUGGAAGAACGUCACACUUCAAGUUCAUGGGGAAAAUGCAAACCUGUUUGUGGGCUGCAGCCUGAUAGACAGCUUCAUCCUGGAUGAGCCUUUCUAUGAGCAUCUCCAGGCUAAGGGAAGCCGCAUGUAUGUUGCUAAGGGAUCCAUUCGGGAGAACCACUUCAGGGGCCUUCUGCAGAAUGUGCGUUUCAUCUUUGACAUCCCGGUGGAGGACGUCCUCCUGAGCAGAGACUGUGAGGUCACCAAGGAAGAUGAUGCUAAUCUCGUGAGUGAAAGCACAGAAAUCGUGGAUGUGAGCCCUUCCAUCACGACGAACAUCAUAGGUCAGAAGACGGACGAGACGGGCAUCGAUAUGUGCGAACGCUCCUGCGAGGAACUCAGCACCAUGUUCCAGGAGCUCAAAGGCCUCCGUGUUGUCGUCAGUAACCUUAUUGAUGGCUUGCAAAAAGUGACAGAGGAGAACACAGUAAUGAAGGAGGCUCUUGGGAGGAUGAGGAACACUAAAGAGAAAAACAUGUGCUGGCAGGAUGGACGACUGUUUGAUGAUAAGGAGGACUGGGUUGUAGACAGCUGCACCAAAUGCACUUGCCAGGAGUCCAAGAUUGUGUGUCACCAAAUAACGUGUCCCCCUGUGGCAUGUGUCAGCCCCUCGUUCAUUGACGGCGAGUGCUGCCCCGUGUGUAUGACUAAUUUUAGUGACGAUGGCUGGUCCCCUUGGUCAGAGUGGACGGAGUGCACAGUCACGUGUGGGAUCGGAACUCAGCAGAGAGGUCGGUCAUGUGACGCAACCAGUAACCCCUGCACCGGACCUUCCAUCCAGACCCGUAAAUGCAGCCUGGGCAAAUGUGACAGCCGUGUGCGCCAGGAUGGAGGGUGGAGUCUGUGGUCGCCGUGGUCUUCCUGUUCUGUGACUUGUGGAGAAGGACAGAUCACCCGAAUAAGACACUGCAAUGCUCCUGUGCCACAGCUGGGCGGCAAAGACUGUGAGGGAAGUGGAAGAGAGACUCAGCGCUGCACUGCCAAUCCGUGUCCCAUUGAUGGCGGCUGGGGUCCUUGGUCACCUUGGGCGACCUGCUCAGCAACAUGUGGAGGUGGGAUCAGAAGUCGGACACGGGAGUGCAACAGCCCUCAACCUCACUACGGUGGCAAGAAUUGCAUCGGGGAAACCAAAGACAGUGACAGCUGUAACACUAAUCAAUGUCCAAUUGAUGGAUGUUUGUCUAACCCAUGCUUCGGUGGAGUGGACUGCAGCAGCGCUCAAGAUGGAUCCUGGGAAUGCGGCCCAUGCCCUACUGGUUUCCGCGGAAAUGGCACUCAUUGUGAAGACAUUAAUGAGUGUGAUAUGGUGCCCGAUGUUUGCUACAAAGUGAGUGGAGCACAGCGAUGUGUUAACACUGACCCCGGUUUCCAUUGCCUGCCCUGUCCACCACGCUACAAGGGCACCCAGCCUUUCGGUAUGGGCGUAGAGGCUGCCAAGAAGAACAAACAGGUGUGUGAGCCAGAGAACCCAUGCAAGGAGAAGACCCACAACUGUCACAAAUACGCUGAAUGCAUCUACAUCAGCCACUUCAACGACCCCAUGUACAAGUGCGAAUGUCGGACUGGUUACGCUGGAGAUGGCUUCAUUUGUGGAGAAGACUCAGACUUGGAUGGCUGGCCCAAUCACAACCUUGUGUGUGGAGCCAAUGCCACUUAUCACUGCAAGAAGGACAACUGCCCAAACCUUCCCAACUCUGGACAAGAAGACUUUGACAGGGAUGGUCAAGGAGAUGCCUGUGACAAGGAUGAUGACAACGAUGGAAUUCUAGAUGAGAGGGAUAACUGCGCCCUUCUUUACAACCCCAGGCAGUUUGACUUUGACAAGGACGAAGUUGGUGACAGAUGUGACAACUGUCCCUAUGAACACAACCCUGCUCAAAUAGACACUGACCACAAUGGAGAAGGGGAUGAAUGUGCAGUGGACAUUGACGGAGAUGAAAUUUUGAACGAGAAUGACAACUGCCCCUAUGUGUACAACACCGAACAGAAGGACACUGAUAUGGAUGGGGUUGGUGACCAGUGUGACAACUGUCCAAUGUUGCACAACCCUGACCAGGUGGACGUGGACAAUGACCUGGUUGGAGAUCAGUGCGAUAACAACCAGGACAUUGAUGAAGACGGUCAUCAGAACAACUUGGACAACUGUCCCUACGUUGCCAAUGCCAAUCAGGCCGACCAUGACAAGGACGGGAAAGGAGAUGCUUGUGACUAUGAUGAUGAUAACGAUGGUAUACCUGACGACAAGGACAACUGCAGACUGACACCCAACGCAGACCAGCUCGACACUGAUGGCGAUGGAAGAGGGGAUGCCUGCAAAGAUGAUUUUGACAAUGACAAUGUCCCAGAUAUUUUUGACGUGUGUCCAGAGAACAAUGCUAUUACGGCAACAGAUUUCAGAAAGUUCCAGAUGGUCCAUUUGGAUCCUAAAGGAACCACUCAAAUUGAUCCCAACUGGGUGGUCAGACAUCAAGGCAAAGAGCUGGUCCAGACUGCUAACUCUGACCCAGGCAUUGCAGUCGGUUUUGAUGAGUUCAGCUCAGUGGACUUCAGUGGGACGAUGUACGUGAACACAGAUAGAGAUGACGACUAUGCAGGCUUUGUGUUUGGCUACCAGUCGAGUGGGCGCUUUUAUGUGGUCAUGUGGAAGCAGAUCACACAGACGUACUGGGAGGACAAGCCUUCCAAGGCCUUUGGCAUCUCUGGAGUUUCACUCAAAGUUGUCAACUCAGUCACUGGCACUGGAGAAAACCUCAGGAAUGCUUUGUGGCACACGGGAGACACACAAGGACAGGUUCGCACUCUGUGGCAUGACCCUAAAAACAUGGGCUGGAAGGAUUACACAGCGUACAGAUGGCAUCUCAUCCACAGACCAAAGACUGGUUUUAUAAGGGUUGUGGUCUAUGAGGGAAAACAGAUCAUGGCUGACUCAGGACCAGUUUAUGACAAGACAUUUGCCGGAGGAAGGUUAGGCUUGUUUGUCUUCUCGCAAGAGCUGGUGUUCUUCUCCGACCUCAAGUAUGAGUGCAGAGAUAACCCGGAGUUUCCAACAGUUUUCACAAGAUAACUGAAUGAAUCAAGUCUGCAAGAAAACGAUGAGAAAGGAGGUAAAUUUCAGCAUAAAUGAGACUUUUUACACAUUUCCUUCUUGUGACUUGCUCCAUCCACUGGAAAGAAAUCCAUGGCCAAUUUCAGUUUUCCUUGUGACAUGCAUAUAUUUCCCAAGCUGGGAAAAGACAAAUGGGAGUGGACAAGUUUAGACAAAAGGCUGUGCAGAAUAUCUAAUUAUAACUAGUGUACCUACAUAUGUCUACAUUUUUAAAGGUCUAAUUGUACAACCACUUACAUGCUGUGUGUGCUUUUUACUUUGUACAACUCAUAAGUGACUCAGUUCUUCGAUCUUAAAUGUGUUUGCAUCCCGAGGCUCGGUCGUGUCUUCUGUUUUGCAGAACAGCUGGAUAAUUCAGUGCCUGACAAACAUAAACCAUAACCAAAAACCCGAAAACCCAUUUAACUGUUUGUGACUUUUUCCUCUCCAUUCUUUUCAUCUCGAAUGUGUUCAUGCAGAAAGUAUGUGCUAACAAUUGAAAUAAGCCAUUUUAGUAAGUGCCAAAGAUGUUUAUACUAAGUCUGUAUAAUUUUUUUUUUUUGUAAAUUAUUUAUGCCCUGCUUUUGUGUUUGCUCGUUUCAUUUUAUGCUUGUAAAUAAUUAUUUAUUUGUUUACACUGACAAAACACAUUGAAUAUCGCAAUCAUCAAGAUAGCACAUUUAUAGUAUUGCAAGUUUCUUUUUCUCUUUUUAUUUUAUGCUGUUGUCGUGCACUUCCUUUACUUUUAGAGUUUUAGACGUAACUGUAGCGUGAGGAUAAACUUCAGCUGCUUUUUAAAAUAAUCACAUACAUAAACAGAGCAUGUGUUUAUGUAUGUGAUUAUUAUAAUAGUGUAGCUGAAAAGAGAAAGUGAAUUCUGGUAGGAUGUGUACAGUAUGUUUAGAAAAGCCACUGUGUUUAUUUCUGAUGCUGUGCAUACGAGGCCUCGUUGUUGUCAAAGUGAUAUAUCACGCUGGUACAUGACGAAACAUUUUCACUUCUUUCAUUCUGUGAAUCUACACAAGCGCAUAAAUGGUCCAUCACUAAAAACAUCUUAUCUGAAAUUAAAAAAAAAUGAAGGUAGAUCAGGGUACAUUUGUAAGUGUAAAGUUGUGAACCAAGCACCAAGUGACAUAUCAUUUUAACAACUGUUCCGUUCCUCAGUCAGUUAUUAUGUGUGAUGACGAACAAACGCAGUGAAAGCAUUUUAUACUUUCUUUCAUAUAGUCAUAUUUGUCAAUGCUGUGAAACGCUCAGUGUUUGGCAGGAAAGGAAAAUCCAAAUGAAAACAGUGCGACUGUGUGUCUGUAUGGUGUGGAUGGAGGACGCGUUAGUGAACAUCAUUUUGUGUCUGUGUAACGUUUAUGUUCUUCAAUGUUUGAUUUCCAUCUUGGAUCUUUUUUUGUUGAGAGAUUGCAGUGCACACAAUGUAAAUGUUUUUUCUUUUCCUUUUGUAUACUUGUGUUGUUAGAUAUACAUUUUCUACGAACAUUAGUGUCAGAUUGUUCUGUUUCUUAAAUAAAUCACUUGUACACAUUUA